GAGGAGCGACAGCAGCAGUCGCAGCCGUCAGUCAGCAGCGCAACUCCGAGCACGACGCGAUCUGUGAGUCAAGCACAUAGGGAGGACGAAAUUUAUCUGAAGCUUGGGUAGCAGACGUAUCAACAAGCAACAUACACAUCAUCACAACACGUGUGCUGGAUCGAACAGCUGCGUUUAUAAUGAGUGCCACACGUUUCGUGGACGGGAGAGCUGUACAUGAAGUCAUGGACUGGCGUUUCGACAACGUUCCCAUCCUCGAUGUCAAGAACACAAACGACAUUUCAAAGUUUACAUGGAUGUCUGUCAACGAAUACCUCGAAGCAUUAUCCAACGACUCGCCUAAGACUGAAGGGAUGAAUGAAGACCUGCACAACAGCCCAGUGAUCGUUGGUAGGAUCCACACCAACACUCCAACACGCACCGACUCGGGUGAUCACUUGCAUGCACCAUUGCUUCAUGUACAGGAAGACGAGCUGCACAAGCGCAAGUUUUGCUCAUCGGAUUUCUUGUCAGUUGGCACGUCAUCAACCUUUGCUGAACCUUGCUCUGAGCAGCAGGAAGGAAUGGAUUGCAUUUUUACGGAUGAGUCAUACAAUAUACAGGAGUGAACAGAAAGUGCAGGGGCUACAAUGGUGUAGUGUAAGUGAUGUAGAGCAGGGGGGCUACAGCGAUGCAGCAGAUGUAAACUAGUGUCUAUAUCCAAGAUUCGAAUCCAACCCUUAGAGAAUUGAUGUCAACUGCAAAAGGACCAGGAUUUCUCCCAAUCCGUCACAGACUCUUUUCCAGACUGUACCGAGCAAGAAAAGAGAUGUUAAAAAUCUUCCAGAACAUUCAAAGUCUUCAACAUUUUUGGAAGAUCCAGUUUCAACUUUGUAAUGUUCCGAAUAGCUCGUGAAUGCAAGCGAAAUAAAGUUCCCAGUGAAGG